GCAGGGUCUGAUUUUCACCCUCUGCAGCAUUAGUGGGUCAUUUCAUCCGCGGCAUUGAGAAUGAAGUGAUCACCUCCUCCUCCUCCUCCUCCACUUCACCUGUAACAGUUACACAUCUUCACAGACGCCGUCCUGUUACUCAGAGCAUCGCCAUGAAACACAGCAAACCGAUUGCGCUGGAUCGCAACGACAUUCAUGUCCUGCUGGAUUUGAUCGGUGGACACGGUGUCGCGGUCGCCGUGGGGAUCCUCGCCAUGCUGUCGGUGUGCGCCGCGUAUUUCAUUUACAGAUCCGCAGGUCAGCGUGGGAGGGCUUGCGAGAAUAACGGGAGCGAGACGACCGCAGCAACGGAAGAUGGAAGAGAGAGAGGGGAUCAGCCAACCGAGACCGAGUCAACAGGUGAAUAUCAGGAAGCAAAGACAUGCUGCAGUGAAUCAGAGACUAGAGAGGAGAAAAACCUGUUAGCCUCUGACAACAUCAUCCUCCCUACUGAUGUUUCAGAGAAAGACCUGAAUGAAAGCACUCUCAGAGAUCUGGAGGAGAUUACAGAUGAGCUCUUAACAGAAUUGGAACCUGAAUCAGAAGACAAAACGGACUCCGAUCUGGAUCAAUGCAUGGAAAUGGAUCCUGACAAACCCGAUGAUAAACUGGAGUCUGAUGAUCAGAGUGAGCAUGGUCGUGAAUGUGCGGAAGAUACCUGUGAAGCUUUGUCUGACGUUAAUGUACAGUUAACCCAAUUAGAGGAGACCGAUGAGCCGGUCAAGGACGAAACGGAGGAACAUUUAAAAGAUCAUGACAAGUCUGAGACCGGCUUGAGCUCAGACAGGGAUGAGCCGUCUGAAACAGAAAGCGCCCAGGGGAUCAUUUAUAAGAGACAUCAAGAUGUUAUCGCAUAUACAACUCUGGACGAUUUGCAUGGUCACGUGUUCACCGCUCAAAGCAAGUAUAUUUCGGACCAAGCUGUAGAUCUGUCCACUCAUAAUAAGAUCAGAUUUGAGGUCGACCACAAAACUAUAACAUUGGAGGAGAAUUCAAAAACCAAGUUUGAGGAUCACCACGAUUGGCGUUUCCCAAGGACAAAAGACUCGGAUUGCUGUUGCAAUGAUAAAAAGACCGAUAUGGAGGAAAAUAUCAAAUGCCGGCCAUGGUUUCACUGCGGAAGCCCAGAUGUGGACACACUGAUCAAACACCACAGCAACAGGUUUGACUAUCCCCUGCAAAACUAUUUGGGCUUCCAAACCGACAGUUCCUUCAUUGGUGGAUCCUCCACACAGGUGAGCCUCUCAGGUGAGAGAAAAUCAGAUGAGGGCGGUUUGGCAACGGAGAAGAAACAUGAACGCAAGAAUGAGAUUAGCAUCAUGGACGCCAUAAUGGAUAAUAAUGAGUGGCUGAAUGUAGGUGGGCAAGAGUUCAGAGAUCUUCCCUGGUUAACCCAGACUGCCACCAGCGUUUCGUCCGUUGACGAAAAACACGCGAAAGAAGGAAAAGAAGAGCCCGUUGUCACACUGAAGGACAGUUUGGCUAAAGGAGACGAUGCGCUUGCAAAUAAAAGGGUAGCAACUGUUCAGCCCCUACCACAACAGGUUCACGUCACCUUCAGAAUUCAUUACAUUACACACUCUUCCAGCCAGCUGGUGGCUGUUACGGGGAGCCUGCAGGAGUUGGGGGCUUGGGAGAGCUUUGUUCCGCUCCACAGAGCCAAGGAUGGGUUUUGGGCCAACACCGUCACCCUCCCCAUGGAGAGCCAGGUGGAGUGGAAGUUUGUCCUGGUGGAGGACGGAAAGAUCUGUCGGUGGGAGGAGUGCGGUAACCGCUAUCUUGUUUUUUCUGGCCAGGAUGAAGAGCUUUAUCUUAAUAAGUGCUGGGGAUGUAUUUGAACUGAAGGGGCGAUCGUCUCCUUUCAACUCUAUACAGCAAUAAUAAUCCAUAGUGCUUUACUAAAAUCCAAUACUGUAUGUAAGCUUAUACUGUAAUGUUACUAAUUAAUUAAUUAUUCAACUAAAGCAUGAGGCUGUGGAACUGUUAAUAUCGCAAUAAGAGGAUAAUAUAACCAAUAUGCACUUUUUUUACUUUUACUAUGUCAAUGAUAUGCUUGUGUGUUAAUUGUUAUUAAAGCCGUGCGUCGUUCUUAAAGGAAUCGUUCACCCAAAAUAGAAAAUUCUGUCAUCAUUUACUCAAGUUGCUUCAAACCUGUAUACAUUUUAUUGUCACAUUGAACACAAAAGAAGAUUUUCAGAAGAAUGUUUGUAAACUAACAGUUCUCGGGCACCAUUGACCUUAGUAGAAAACUACUAUGGCAGUCAAUAGUGCCCAAGAACUGUUUGGUUUCCCAUAUGCUUCAAAAUAUCUUCUUUUGUGUUCAACGAAACAAAGAAAUGAUGACAGAUUUAAAACAAUUUGAGGGUGAGAAAGUGAUGACAGAUUUUUUUUUUUGGGUGAACUGUUCCUUUAAGACAUCAACCAAGUAUCAGCAACAAACCAAAAGUAAAACAAUCCAGAAAAAAGCUUUUUAUUUUGUUUGUAUGAAAAAUCAAUAUUUUUCCAGAGAUUAAUAAAGAUUCUCUAUGUCAGAGCUUUUCAAAUUAUCUAAGGACUUUAAUCUUUGUAUUGUCUCAGUUUGUAUAUGUUAUUUUAGUUGAUUUUAGGCCAAAGGAAUAUAUUACACUAUUCAAACGCAGACUCCAGUUAGCAAAAGAACGAUCGUAAACCGCAUGUUCUAGUUUUCUAAUUUAGCAGUAUAUUAAAGAGUUAAUUUGCGCAAAAGAGGUUUACGUUAAUGCCUCCUAUGGCACCUCUCACCAACACCAAGAAUGAAACAGUCUCGCACAUUUUCGAAGGAAGUGUCAGAUGAAAUCAAGCUCAUGUAGCGCAAGCUUUUCUAUUCAUGUACUUGUGUAGAAUAUGUUUUGAGCUUCAGACAUUUUUCUUAGUGUUACGCUAUUCAACCAGCACAAACACACUCGAUUUUAAACUCGGCUUAUUCUUUUGAAUUCAUCUUCAUUAGGUCAUUCCGUAACAUCAGAAUGCGUCAUUUCAUUCUUGUCUGCCUUUACUGUCUAAUUUUGUCCUUCGAUUCUAUGCCGUUUCAUUUGAGAAAAUGGAACCAAAACAAUGAAUGGACAAAAUGUUUAAAUUAUCACAACGUUUGCCUUAACAAAAUGAUUAAUACGUGCUGCUCACACUUUGUUUGUACUAAACCUUUUGUUUGAAUUCCGCUUUAACUGUUCUUGUUUCUUUCUGUGAAUUUUAGGUGUAAUACUGUUUCUGACCUUUAAACGGAUGUUUAACCGUCAACCAGUAAAUGUUGCUCAGCAGAUUGUUUAAUCCAAUAAAAUAUAUUGUAAUAUUGAAUAA